GGUUUGACUGAGAGACUCUGCAGCCUGAAUCUGGAGCAGACUACUCUGUCCCAGGUGUCUCAGUCCAUCCAGGUGUCUCAGUCUGUCCAGGUGUGUGACAUCAUGCCGUGGCUGCUGUCUACUGAGCUUGACCGUCUGUCUUCGUCUCCGUCUCAGCGUCAGUGUGAGCGGACGGCGUUCUCAUUCUACUGUGCAGUGCGGGAGCAUCAGCCAGUCUGGCGGUUGGAGGACAUGCGCAGUAUGGAGGUCUUCUGUUGGGAAGAUGGACGCCCGCGAGCCUUCCUGCCAUCUGAGGCACUGCUGUAUGCGCUCGUGCAUGACCACCAGGACUACGCCCACUACCUGCUCAACAGGUACUCAGUGAGCGCACUCAGAGCACUGCGCUGCAGCUUCUGUUGCUGUUGUGGCAGCGGCUCACCGCACCUGUCCAUGGCAGUGCGCUACGACCGCGUGACAAUCCUCGGCAUGAUGGUUGACGCCCUGAAAGACUGUGAUGUGCAGAGUGGGCGGGACUACCUGGACGGCUGCGGUGGCUGCUCCCACGUGGCAGACGCAGGAAAGACAGCAGUGCAGCUAGCGGUGGAGCUGUCCCGGCCCGACUGUCUGCUGAUCCUGCUGGUACAUGGCGCGAGGCCUGACGCCCUCGACGCCGCACUUCAGCGACUCGUCUCCUGUGAUGCCGCAGAGCGACGACAUGCACAACGCUGCCUUGACUUCCUGCUGCUAUUUCUGCCCAAACCGCCAGCGCUGCGCCGCCUGCUGGACGAGCCGCAGUGCUGGCAAAGCCUGCUGGGAAAUGAAGUGUUCAGCUGGCUGUGUGGUCAGGCUCCGCCCCCCCUCCUGCUGCAGUCACUCAGGUGUUUGGCCCGAUCUGGCCCUGAUCAGAUCGCCACACUACCUGACUUCCUGCAGCUGCACAGCUAGCUGUGAGAUUAUCUGUUACCAUGGCAACACACUCAGGACUGCUUGGAUUGGACGGUGUGUUGAUGAUAUAAAUAAAGACUAAAACUAAUUUCUGUACUGCUGAGUCAGCAGUGAAACGUAUCUCUGACUGGCUUUAGGACCCUGAGGACCCUGGUUAAAAAAUCAUGUAAGUCACCAAACCAGGAGAUACAAGGUUUCGAUAUGAGACUUUUGUCUGCUGACGUGCAUUUAAAUAAAGUUUCUGUUUCUGUAAAAAAGCAAAACACUAUCUGUCCUUUAAAGAGGAAAACAUAAACAUAAACAGGAAGUGAUGUCAUGUUGUUACAAACACACUGAUUUUAACAUGGCAGGAAGUUUCACUUGUGAAACUCGACAUGUUGUCUCUCUGCUGUCGCAGGUUCAAAUAUUCUCACUUGUAUUGAUCAUAUUGAUCACCCUGUGAUCAGUUGAUCCACUGUGUUUCUUUUUUCGCUCUGUUUGUUCAACCUUCAUCUGUUUUAUUGUUUCUGAUGUUUGACUGUAAAUAAAAUAAUUUACUGUGAAACAGUUUGUUUACUCACCCUGAGUCGUGUCUGUACGUGUUCC